CGCCGCAGCCUCCCCCUCGGCGCUGGGGGAACUUUCCUACUCUCUGUGACCGUCUCCCCCGCCGCCCCCGGGGCAGGCCUCCGCCCGCCUGCCAGCCCCGCCCGCGGCCGUCUCCCCGCCGAGCCUCUGCGCCUCGGGAAGUUUAUUCCGCCUGCCCUCCUCCCCUUCCUCCUCCUCCUCACCCCGCCUCCCCUCCCUCCCCCGGCUCUUUCCCCCGGGUGGCUGCCGCUGCUGCCGCUGCCAGCCUGCUCCUUGGCCAGCCGCGCCGGCCCGAGGGCUGGUAAGCCCCUGGCCCCACGCACCGUUCCGCUGCAGCCACCGCCGCUCGGGGCCGGGCGCCGGCCCGCGGCCCCGCAGAGUUCCGGGCUCCCUCGCCGGCUGCACCGCCCCGCGCCGCCCCGCGCCGCGCCGACCUGCAGCGCCCGGCCGCCUCGCACUCCGCCUCCCCCGGCUCAGCCCCCGGCCGCCGCGGGACCAGAGCCCUGAGCAUUUGUGAGCCUCGCAUUGCCAUAGUGAGAGCUGCUGGAGAACUCAUCAUUCCAGGAGACUCCAGGAGUGCCUCUCCCACUUCCCAGUCUCCCCAGGAACAGAGUGAGUGGAGCUCUGAAUGAGGGCAGGACCGUGGGCAGAUGUGACCAGGAGCCAGCUUCAAGGUAGCUGAGUCAGCUUUUCCCAAGAGCUCUCAGAGCAGCGUUGCCAGAGCCAGCAGUACAGCCAUUUCAACAAAUCACCUCUUCUAAUGCUCUCUGGCAGAGAUCAAAUCUACAGGUUGGACGAUGGUAGAUGGAGUGAUGAUUCUUCCUGUGCUAAUGAUGGUUGCUUUCCCUGCCCCAAGUAUGGAAGAUGAGAAUCCCAAGGCCAACCCCAAACUUUACAUGUGUGUGUGUGAAGGCCUCUCCUGUGGGAAUGAGGACCACUGCGAAGGCCAGCAGUGCUUUUCCUCCCUGAGCAUCAACGAUGGCUUCCACGUCUACCAGAAAGGCUGCUUCCAGGUCUAUGAGCAGGGGAAGAUGACCUGUAAGACCCCACCAUCACCUGGCCAAGCCGUGGAGUGCUGCCAAGGAGACUGGUGUAACAGGAACAUCACGGCCCAGCUGCCCACUAAAGGGAAAUCCUUCCCUGGAACACAGAAUUUCCACUUGGAGGUCGGCCUCAUUAUUCUCUCUGUAGUGUUCGCAGUAUGCCUUCUAGCUUGCCUACUGGGAGUUGCUCUCCGAAAAUUUAAAAGGCGCAAUCAAGAACGCCUCAAUCCCAGAGAUGUGGAGUACGGCACCAUCGAAGGGCUCAUCACCACUAAUGUUGGAGACAGCACUUUAGCCGAUUUAUUGGAUCACUCAUGCACAUCAGGAAGUGGCUCUGGUCUGCCUUUUCUGGUACAAAGAACAGUGGCUCGCCAGAUUACGCUAUUGGAGUGUGUUGGGAAAGGCAGGUAUGGUGAGGUGUGGAGGGGCAGUUGGCAAGGGGAAAAUGUCGCCGUGAAGAUCUUCUCCUCCCGGGAUGAGAAGUCAUGGUUCAGGGAAACAGAACUGUACAACACUGUGAUGCUGAGGCACGAAAAUAUUUUAGGUUUCAUUGCUUCAGACAUGACAUCAAGACACUCCAGUACCCAGUUGUGGUUAAUUACACAUUAUCAUGAAAUGGGAUCGUUGUAUGACUAUCUUCAGCUCACUACUCUGGAUACAGUUAGCUGCCUUCGAAUAGUAUUGUCUAUUGCUAGUGGUCUUGCACAUUUGCACAUAGAAAUAUUUGGGACCCAAGGGAAACCAGCCAUUGCCCAUCGAGAUUUAAAGAGCAAAAACAUCUUGGUGAAAAAGAAUGGACAGUGUUGCAUAGCAGAUUUGGGCCUGGCAGUCAUGCAUUCCCAGAGCACCAAUCAGCUGGAUGUGGGGAACAACCCCCGUGUGGGCACCAAGCGCUACAUGGCCCCUGAAGUUCUAGAUGAAACCAUCCAGGUGGAUUGUUUUGAUUCUUACAAGAGGGUCGAUAUUUGGGCCUUUGGACUUGUGUUGUGGGAAGUGGCCAGGCGUAUGGUGAGCAAUGGUAUAGUGGAGGAUUACAAGCCACCAUUCUACGAUGUGGUUCCCAAUGACCCAAGUUUUGAAGAUAUGAGGAAAGUAGUCUGUGUGGAUCAACAGAGGCCAAACAUACCCAACAGAUGGUUCUCAGACCCGACAUUAACCUCUCUGGCCAAGCUGAUGAAAGAAUGCUGGUAUCAAAAUCCAUCUGCAAGACUCACAGCUCUGCGUAUCAAAAAGACUUUGACCAAAAUUGAUAAUUCCCUAGACAAAUUGAAAACUGACUGUUGACAGUUUCAUGGUGUCAAGAAGGAAGAUUUGACAUUGUUGUUGUUGUCCAGCUGGGACCUAAUGCUGGCUUGACUGGUUGUCAGAACAGAAUCCUCCCCAAAUGGCUGCUUUGACAAGGCCGACAUCCUACCCAGCCAUGUGUUGGGGAGAAACAAAAACCACCCUAACCUCGCUCAAUGACUGUGAACUGGGCAUUUCACGAACUGUUCAGACUGCAGAGACUGAUGUUGGACAGACACUGUUGCAAAGGUAGGGAACUGGAGGAACACAGAGAAAUCCUAAAAGAGAUCUGGGCAUUAAGACAGUGGCUUUGCAUAUCUUUCACAAGCCUCCUAGACACUCCCCACGGGAAACUCAAGGAGGUGGUGAAUUUUUAAUCAGCAAUAUUGCCUGUGCUUCUCUUCUUUAUUGCACUAGGAAUUCUUUGCAUUCCUUACUUGCACUGUUACUCUUAAUUUUAAAGACCCAACUUGCCAAAAUGUUGGCUGCGUACUUCACUGUUCUGUCUUUGGAUAAUAGGAAUUCAAUUUGGCAAAACAAAAUGUAAUGUCAGACUUUGCUGCAUUUUACACAUGUGCUGAUGUUUACAAUGAUGCCGAACAUUAGGAAUUGUUUAUACACAACUUUGCAAAUUAUUUAUUACUUGUGCACUUAGCAGUUUUUAGAAAACUGCUUCGUGCAUAUGUUAAAACUUAUUUUUAUGUGGUCUUAUGAUUUUAUUACUGAAUUGUUUUUAACACUAUACUCUGAAAUGGACAUUUUCUUUUAUUAUCAGUUAAAUUCACAUUUUAAGUGCUUCACAUUUGUAUGUGUGUAGACUGUAACUUUUUUUCAGUUCAUAUGCAGAACGUAUUUAGCCAUUACCCAUGUGACACCACCGAAUAUAUUACUGAUUUAGAAGCAAAGAUUUCAGUAGAAUUUUAGUCCUGAACGCUGUGGGGAAAAUGCAUUUUCUUCAGAAUUAUCCAUUAUGUGCAUUUAAACU